AUGUUACGAAAUACUUCCGGUACGGUGAAGGCCUAUUUCUAUGUUUCUUCUACAUUUUUGCCUCUAGUUCUAAGGAUUAACUGUGUAGAAGUUUAUUGAUCACGAAAUACAACGAGUAAUGUGUAUACAAUUCGUCCUUACAGUGGCGAUGGUUUUGAGGUGUACUGUUAUCACAAUACCGAUGGUGGAGGAUGGACUAUGUUCCAACACAGGCUGGAUGGAUUAGUGGAUUUCUACUGGGAAUGGGAUGACUCGAAAAAGGGAUUUGGACCCUUAAAUAGAGAUUUUUGGUUGGGUUUGGAUAAAAUACACCGCCUUACGAGUCAAAAACGCCUAUAA